AUGGCUGACACUCCCGUUACUCUGCGGACACGCAAAUUCCUCCGCAACCCGCUUUUGAGCCGGAAGCAGAUGGUUGUUGAUAUCCUCCAUCCCAACCGCGCCAACAUUUCCAAGGAUGACCUUCGCGCCAAACUCGCCGAGCUCUACAAAUCCAACAAGGACCAAGUGUCUGUGUUCGGCCUUCGCACACAAUAUGGUGGCGGAAAGACCACCGGCUUUGCCCUCAUCUAUGACUCCGGCGAAGCUUUGAAGAAAUUCGAACCCCGCUACCGCCUAGUCCGCAUCGGUGCCGCUGAGAAGAUCGAAAAGGCCUCAAGACAACAGCGCAAGCAACGAAAGAACAGAUCGAAGAAAUUCAGAGGUACAGCGAAGACCAAGGGCCCAAAGAAGGACAAGAAAUAA